CAUCAAUAACGCCAUCUCGCCCAUAAAAUACCUCCCAUCAAUCGGCAGGAAGAGGAUACAGAGAACUUUUCUCAGAAGGCUCAGGACCAACGUCAAGACGCUCCUCGGAGCGCGAGGUGCCAAUAAAUGUCUUCUUCCAUCUCGAUUUUGGCUCUGGCGUCGCUGCUUGCCCUUGUGACAUGGCCAAUCACCACGACGUCUCUGGCCAUUGAAUACUGUUCUUCGCAGAAUACGGGUUCCUCGUUCACAGCGAACUACAGUAUCUACCAGUCCAACGGUCUCUGUGAAACCACUUGUGAUCCCGACUACGCCUUUGGCAUCCUUCUCGAUAAGAACUGCUGGUGCUCAAAUUACGCACCGGCCUCCAGUACUACUACAAAUGUCUCCAAAUGCGACGACGAAUGCCCCGGUUAUCCGUCCGACCAUUGCGGCAAUGCAGCCAAAACCUUAUACGCAUACAUUGCGAUGUCUUCCCAUGAACCUUCCGGCACCGCAACAGUUUCAGCUACGAGCACGUCCACGACCUCCUCUACUUCUGAAACCUCAAAAACUACUACUUCUGAAACCACUACUAGUACAGAGUCCCAGACGAUUGCAGUCGAGACUGUUGCGGGUGAAGUGAAAACCGUCACAAUCGACAAUUCUUCCCCAACCUCCACUUCUUCUUCUUCUUCUUCUUCUUCCAAGUCUUCAUCAAACAACAGUGGCUUGAGCGGUGGAGAUAUUGCCGGUAUCGUUGUGGGAGUCUUUGCCAAACGUCGUUCACGAGGUACGCAUGGAUCCGAUUAUGACCCCAGCGGCACAGUCAUGUUUGGUGGACGACGUCAUAGCAAAGGCUCACAGAUGAGCUUCAUGAAAGCCACGUACGGAGACAACCACAGUCACAGCCUGUCGGCAGGGUCGUCCAUUGGACCUGGCCGUCCGGGCAUUUUCACCGAUAAUCGCAUGAAGACGGAUACCGUCCUUUACCCGAAUGGUCGCCGGGACAGCAGUGUAUCUCUUCAAGACAAUGAGGACUACUCGAGACCAGUGUUACGGUUGACAAAUCCGGAUUGAGCGAAACUCGAAACUUGAUUUCUCCUGAAGUUUUCUUUUAAGUCUCUUUGAAAACAGUUGUCUUCCGCUCUUGAUUUUGCACGGCACGGCGAAAACCAUGGUGUCAUGAUACCCAUUGUCACAAAUUUAUCCUCGGUCAUUUUUUAUCGUCAUCCUAUUCUAGCCUCCUCAUUAUCCACUGCAAACCGAACACCGACUACUUCCGGUCCU